CCCGGUGUCUAUCUCAUACCCACGCUGGCUCCACCCGCCAUUGCCGCAUACUCGUUCGUCGCUCUCAGUCCCACCUUCCCAUUAGUAGCUAGCCGCCGCCGCCGACGAGGCGGCAGGUAGUCGUCGGAACGCACGAGCUUGACGCGAUCUCCGGCCGGUCGGCGUGCGAGAUCGUCCGUCAAGGCGUCAACAACUUGCCCUGCCCAUGCCGUUUCUUCUGACCUACGCGAGUCAACGCUAGCUCAUCUCCGGUUGUCCUGAUCUUCCUGAAGAUCAGCCGUCGGAAUUAGUCCGUACGCAGUAUAAAGAGGCUCGGCCAGCACGUCCUCCGGCCACGAUGCCUUCCAGCUCCGACCCGCUGCUCGCGCGCGCCGACGGCAUGGCGGGAGAAGCCGGCGACGUCGCCCUCGCGGCGGUGGACCACCGCGGCCGGCCCGCCUCCCGCGCCUCCACCGGCCGCUGGAGGUCCGCGCUCUUCAUCAUAGCGGUGGAGAUCGCGGAGCGGUUCUCGUUCUACGGGGUGUCGGCGAACCUGAUCAGCUACCUGACGGGGCCGCUGGGGGAGGGGCUCGCCAAGGCCGCGUCCGCCAUCAACCUCUGGAACGGCGUGGCGCAGCUGGUGCCGCUGCUCGGCGCCGCCCUCGCCGACUCAUGGCUCGGCCGCUACCGCAUGAUCUUGCUCGCCUCCCUGCUCUACAUCCUGGGUUUAGCCAUGCUGGCUUUCUCAACAUUGCUCUCCUCCGGCGGCCACAAAUGCGGCACCGCGGGCAACACGCCCUGUCCGCCGCCGUCCGGUCUUCAGAUGGCUGCCUUCUACACCUCCCUCUACAUGGUGGCCCUCGCGCAGGGCGGGCACAAGCCGUGCGUUCAGGCCUUCGGUGCCGACCAGUUCGACGAGACCCACCCCAAGGAGGCGGUCUCCCGGAGCUCCUUCUUCAACUGGUGGUACUUCGGCAUAUGCGCCGGCACCGCCGUCACGCUGGUCUUCCUCAGCUACGUUCAGGACAACAUCGGCUGGGGCCUCGGCUUUGGCAUCCCCUGUGUCGUCAUGGCCUUCGCACUCGCCGUGUUCCUACUCGGCACCCGCACGUACCGCUACUACGUCUCUGUCGGCAAGAAGAGGAGCUUGUUCGCUCGUGCCGGCGAGGCUUUCGCGGCAUGGAGGAGCAGCCGGCGAAAGUCAAGUAGUAGUCCUCUCGCGGCGCCAGAGUCCAGUGCUCGUGUCGACGAGGAAGAGCAGGAGGUGGUGGCCAGCAAUGCGGACCUCAUCGAGGAAGCCAAGAGCGUCCUCCUCCUGUUCCCUAUUUGGGCAACGUGCCUGAUCUAUGCCGUGGCAUUCUCGCAGUCCUCCACGUUCUUCACGAAGCAGGCGGCGACCCUGGACCGGAGCGUCGGACAUGGGCUCCAGGUGCCGCCGGCAGCGCUGCAAACAUUCAUCAGCGUCACCAUCGUCGUCCUCAUGCCCCUCUACGACCGCGCCCUCGUGCCUCUAGCGCGCCGCUACACAGGCCUCCCGUCCGGCAUCACCAUGCUGCAGCGCAUCGGCGUCGGGAUGGUGCUCUCACUCGUGUCCAUGGUGGUCGCCGCGCUCGUCGAGGCGCGACGGCUCCGGGUCGCGGCGGACGCCGGCCUGGCAGACCUUCCCAGUGUGCCAGUUCCGAUGAGUCUGUGGUGGAUGGUGCCACAGUACGUGCUGUUCGGCGCUGCGGACGUGUUCACCAUGGUCGGCCUGCAGGAGUUCUUCUAUGACCAGGUGCCCGACAAGAUGCGCAGCCUCGGGCUGUCGCUCUACCUCAGCAUCUUCGGCAUCGGCAGCUUCAUCAGCAGCGGCCUCGUGUCGGGCAUCGACAAGGCCACGUCGGCCAGGGGGGACAGCUGGUUCUCCAACAAUCUCAACCGGGGCCACCUCGACUACUUCUACUGGCUCAUCGCCGGGCUCAGCGCGCUCGAGCUCCUAGUCUAUGUCUUCUUCGCAGUAAUUUUCAAGUACAAGAAGAAGACGGCCGUUAUUGAAACCAGGGCUGAUUAGCGACCUCUACACGUGAUAGACAUGAGACAAAUUAGUUGAUUGUGUACAUUUGGGACGGCAAAGACGCUGUCGGCUGUUCCCCGAUUCAAGUUCUACGUCACUACACACCGGCGGCGGCGAUUAUCUUCAUACUCCAACCCGUUGGGAGAAUGGCUCCGUCAAGAGCCUAACAGCUGUAAGUACAUUGAUGCAUGAGCCAAUUUGCUAAGCUGUGAAAACAACAGUAUUUAGGUGCAAGUGUCAA